AACCCGCAAACAUCUGGCAACACCGGCUGGAAAAUAAAAAUGGCUACCACUGUGUGCUUGUUAUUGUUCGUGGAAUUUUAAUAAUUACGAAGUUUUUUGUACAAAAUAAACAGGAUAAAAGCAUUGCUUCAGCGCCAAAUAAGAGCUGAAAAGCCAGCGUGAAUAUUUCGGCAUCGUUCAGUGUGUUUAUCGAAUGUCCGCACGCAAUCGAACCGUGUGAAAUUAAGCCCACGAAAAACGGCUGCCCGAAUGCGUGAAAAUUUUCGAGACCCGCUAAAAAGGCAUUAUUAUUCAGCUACCGAAUGUGAAAUGGAAAACAGUGGGCAGUCAUAUAUCUUUAAUUUAACCUGAACAAUAAUUAAAAGGCGGGCAGGCUAGAUUUCCAUCAGGAAAAGCGCUUAAAAAGUGACGCAGGAAAAUCCGUAUCCGCGCCCCGCACGUGUGUGUGUGAGUGUGUUGCAGUGCGUGUGUGUUGGUGAGGCUACUACUAAAAAAAAGAAGUAAAAAGCAAAAAAGAGAGAAAAAAAAUAAAGUGGAAAAUGCCCAAAAACAAAGUCGCAGAGGUUAAAAACUAGUGCAAAACAACGAAAGACAAUAAAUCGAAACCAUCGAGUGUGUGUUAGGCCUAAAACGAAAUUGCCUCAAUUCCAAUUCCAAUCCAAAGGACGCCACGGCGGUCAAUCUAAAGCUAAAUGCGAGAAUUGAGCAGCGUUCUAACAAUUAAACCUACGACGCGUGCGAUUGUCGUGUGAUGAUAUGCCACUUAAACAGCAGCUUGAACCGUCACUGGUGCGGAUAUUGGUCUCGCUCCCCUGGGAUGCAGCACAACGGCUGCGCCAGCUGGCCAACGAUGGAAAUCCCGAGCUGCGCGCCCUCAACAUUCAGUCCGUGCAAUUUGAGGGCGAUUCUGUGAUAACUUUGAAAGUUGGUGGACAAGAUAUUAAGAUAACCAAGGAUAAUGUAAACGAGACACUUGAGGCGGCUGGCUCGCUUUCCGGCAACAAAAGUGGUCUGUUGGCCACGGGAUACGAUGGCCCCAGUACAAGCAAGGCGGCCUCCGCCUUUAUGCAACAACAGCAGCAACAGAGGAUCCUGCAACAGCCACAGAACGAUGCAAUCUCACUUCAACAAAGAAGAGCGGCGGCGGCGGGUCUGGGACUCCAGAAGAUGCCCCUUCAAACGCAGCAGCAGCAACAACAACAACAGCAGGUGGCCGUGACUCCCGCCGUAUUUAAAUCACCUAAUACUGUAUGCCCCAUGGAGGGCAAGGUCCCGCUGUUGCUACCCUCACCCUCUGCCACGCGGGACUUCCCCUUCGAGAGCAUGCGGCAAGCGAGAGUGCUGCAAGGUCGAGAGGCGGGCGGCCUUGGUCCACCCCUGCCGCCACCUCCUCCGCCAAAUGUAACCCUCAAGGUGCUGAAGACGCAACCGCAACAGGCAUCUCAAAAUGGCGAGCUUACACCAACAACGCCAACUUCAGCAACUCCAACGACGCCCGGCAGCAAAUCUCAGUUCAUUCAGCCACCACCGCCGCCAUAUCCGGGUUUGGGAGCUGCCACGACCAGCAGCGUCAGUUCACCCAUUGCCAUAGCGGGCGCUAGUGCCAAGCCAGCCAUUGUGACGGCACCCAGCCAGCUGAACCAUCCGCUUGGACAUCCGCCGUUGCCUACAGCCACGUCAACAGGUAGCAACAACAUUGCCAUAUCGUCGCCGCUGCUGGUGAAUUUGUUGCAGAACGACGGCAAUGCCAUGUCGAAUCCGAACCAGCUCAAGUCCCCCCAACAGCAGCAAUCGCCGCUGAUUGGAAUGAGUCCCAGUGGAGCGCAAAUGAUGAACUCUCCGAUGCGAUCCUCAGGUCCGGCGACACCCAGCGAUUUUCUCAUGGGUGACGUGCUGAGUCCAGUGGUGCCUUCCUCACCCACAACGCCACAGGCAGCGGCUCCUCCUGGCCCAUCCCCCGUGGUGAUGCGAAGUCUGCAGCAGCAACAGCAGGCCAUGCUUAGUCCAAGUGGCAAUGGAAAUCAUAUGUAUGCCCAGCAGCAACAACAGCAGGUUCAACAGCAUCAACAACAACAGCAGGUUCAACAGCAACAACAACAACAGCAGCAACAAGGACCACCACCACAUCGCUUUCAACAGCAAUAUCAGCAAAUGUCGCCGCAGGCCCUGGCAAUGCGGCAGCAGCAACUUCAACGACAACAGCAGAUGCGGUUCAUGCAACCGCAACAGCAGUUACAGGGUCAGCAGCAACAACAACAGCAACAGUUUCAAAAUGCGCCUGAUUGCUUUAAUAACAUGGGCAUGAACCCCAUGCAACAGCAACAGAUAAGACAUCAAUUGAGACCCAGCGGAGUGCCACUGGCUCCUCCGCCACCUCAUCCGCAGCAGCAGCAACAACAACAGCAACAACAGCGCCUUAUGAGCCUAUCCAUGCCGCAAGCGUCGCCCCAACAGCAAUUCAUGAGCGGAGCCUCACCCCUGGGACCCGCACUCUCACCCGCCUCCAGCCACCAUUCAAUGCACAGCCCGCUAAUGGCCAAUCAUCAGGCGCAACAGCAACCGCAAAUGGUGUCGCCAGCCUCUACACCAGGAUCUGCUCCCAGCGAAAUGGCGGGACAGCAUAUGCCAGCCACUCACCAUGUACCUGCAGCACCGCCACCAGAUUACAAUCAGGCGGCAGCCAACUCCCGCUGGCCACUUGCCGGAAUCAAUAAGCCGAUGGACUCGGCCACCAAGAGCAGUUUCCAGGAGUUUACGCGUUACCAAAUGCAGUACAAUCUCCAGCAACAGCAGCAGCAAGUUAACCUGCCGGGACAGCCCCAACAGCAGCAGCAGCCUCAGCAGCAACAACAGUUGCCGCCUCCUGCGAUGCCGACACAGCAACAAGGCCAGGGCCAGCAACCUCAAGUUGCGGGUCAGACUCAAGGUCAAGUGGACUCCCUGAUGUCGCUUUCCGUGCUGGAUGCUCUCACCACAAACGACUUGGACGCUCUGCUGCCAACUUUCAAUUGUGAUCUAGACUCGACGCUCAGUUUGGAAGACAAAAACGAGCUCGAAUCGCUGUUGCAGGAUGCCAAGGAUCUAGAUUUGGAUCUGAUCGAAGACAAUCUAACGGCAGUGGACAUGGAUGCACUCAACACUUUGCAAGAGGCGCCACUGGAUCAGCAGCAACAAAAUCCAGCGAUGAUACAGCCCCAACAGCAGAAUUCUCAAAUUCUGCAAAUGCCUUACCAGCAACAACAGCAGCAACAGCAACAACAGCAGCAGCUGCAGCAACAAAUGAUGAUGCAACAACAGCAGAGGCAGCAACAACAGUUGAGACAGCAGCAGGUGCAGCGACAAAUGCAACAGCAUCAACAGCAGCUACAGAUGGUGCAACGUCAACAACAGCAGCAGCCACAAUUACAAGUUCAGCAAAGACCGCCUCAAAAGCAAUUUAUCAUUAAUCCUCACACUGGGGACAUGGAACCAAUGGCCAGCGACGAUAGCGAAACGGAGGCUGAGGAAGAAACUGCACAGCCACAGUUCCGCAACAGCAACAUGUCCAGUGGAUUAAGCAGCUUUAAUUUCAAUCCGGCCAACGACAUGCUUUUGCCCAACAAUCUGUUUUCCGAGGAGGACUCAAAUUCGGCGCAACAACAUCCAAUGGCAAUAAGUAGUGAUCAGGAGAGAUCGCGAGACUCCCUGGCAUCUAAUAAAUCAGCCUCCAGUAGGGCUAGGAAAACACCAGUCUCGAAAGCGAACCACACCAAUAUAGGUGCGGGUGACAAUUCGCCUCGAUCUAGCAAUAGUUCUCCUUUGAUUGGCCUAAAUUCGCCGCAGUCCGUGACAGUUAAUGCAGGUGGAGCGCCCAGUAAGAAGGCCAAGCCAAAUCUUCUACGCGGAAAGCUGCAACAAGGAGUCAAGGAGCGCAAGGCCAAGGAUCCUACGGCCACGCCAAAACCGAAGCGCGAAAGAGCGAAGGGCAAUGCAAAGACUAAGGCGGCCGAGGAGAAGAUAAAGCUAAGACUAAAACUAGACAAGGUUGAGACUACGCCGGCAUCGGGAGCCGGCUACGAAGGACAGAUAAUAAUUAACCAACAACAACAGCCGCAGCAGCAGACCAUUGUGGUCAACAAUCACAUGCAACAGUUGCCCAUGCAGACGCAGCUUUUAACGUUGCCAACACAGCAGCAACAACAAUUGCAGCAACCUCAAAUGCAGCUAACCCAACAACAAACUCCGCAGCAGCAGCAACAACCUUCUCAGCUUCAGGCACAGCAACAGCAGCAGCAGCAACUCCAACAGCAACAACAUCAUCCAGUUUACAGUAACUUUCAGCAACAGCAGCAGCCGCAACAACAGGCUGUCCCGGGUCCAAAUGAACCGCGUGUUCCUCCCCUGCAGAUCCGUUUGCGCGGGAAAAAUCAUGUGGUGGUCAAGAACACUCGAAAAGAUCGAAAGAAGGUGCAAAACCAGGAGGCUAUCAUUGAUGACCGUCAACUAAAGCGCAGCUUCAGCGAUCAACCUCCGCAGCAACUGCUCAUGGACGCGGUAACGGACAGCAAGCAAACUAAACUCACACCACCACCCCAUGUCAACGGAUUGCCCAUACUGAUACAGAAGACGACGGCGACAGUGGCAACGCCACAAUUGCCUCAACAACUGCAAGCCGGUGGAGCUACCACCACCAAGACAACUACCAUUGUGGCUGGAAAGAAUGGUUUAACGAUUAGUGCCAUUGUAGAGGCGCACAAGGCUCAGGCCCAGGCGCAGGCCCAAUCCCUCAGUGAUCCUCAGCUAAUUGUGGGUUCUACAAACACGGGAACAACGCCAACGACUACCACCCUGCAGCAGCAGCAGUUAAGCAAGAUAGCCACAUCGUUGCCCAGCAGUAUCACCCUGAGUGCCAUUAAUAGCAACAAUAACAACAAUAAUGUGAAUAGCGGCAAUAACAACAAUCGGCUGUUGACGAUGAAGAAUCCGAUAAAGACUGCCGCCACCAUUACACCCAUUGUGGGUGGCAAGCCGAUGACAAAAAACCAUAAGCCGCCGCCAUACAUCACAGCCGUGCAACAGCUGCAAUUGCAGAAACAACAACAGCAGCAGCAACAACAGCAGCAACAGCAGCAGCAACAACAGCAGCAGCAACAGCAGCGACAACUGGCGGCGGCCGUAACCAUGUUGCCUAGUGCGACGACCCUGAAGCGUGUGGAGAUAACAAAGGUCACACCACAGGUCACGGCAGAGCAGGCUCCUAGCAUCAUCCCAACCCCAGUAGCAGUAGCAGCAGCAGCCACAGCAACACUAGCGACAUCGUCGACGCCCACUACGCAAACAACUCAGCUGAUCUGUGAUAGAAAGUUGCCAGUGGCCAUUCCACCCAUGACUACAGUCAACAAUGUGGUGGUAGCCACCGUGAACUCCUCUUCCGCCACCUUGUCGACCUUAUCCUCCGUAUCCACAGCCUCCUCUGCAUCUAUUAUCACCACCUCUACCUCUACCUCAUCGCCGGCGGCGUUGCCCAGCACGCUGCGUAACUCACCCGCCAGCAAUGGAAGCGGGACACCGGGUCACGGGAAUAACGGUGGUGGCGAGGACAGCGGCAUUGAGUCCAUGGAUGCGCUCUCCGAAAAGAGCCCUCAUCAACUCUCCUCCAGCAGCCCAAUCCAGGUGAGCAAGGCGGCGGUGUCGGUUGUGCAGCAGCAGCAACAGCAGACGAACACAAUGACGACAACAACUGCCACAUCGGCGGCACCGUUAGUGAUUGUUCCCAGCUCAACGCCGGUAGGGGCGACAGCAGUUGGAGCGCCACCUCUAAUCGUUGCCAGUUCCCUGCAACAGCAGCAGAAACAGCAGGCAGACGACGAGAUUGAAAAGGCUUUGGCUAAGAUGGAGGGUGACUUUGCUGAGGAUAUCGAAGAUAUUGUUUCCUCAAUGAUUAAGGGGACAAACGAAUGUGCCAGUGUUUCAAGUGGUGAUUUCUUAAACAGCCUAGAGAACUCGCUGCCAGCGGCAACAGUUGCAACUGUUGUGGCGACAGCAACCACAAACACAAGCAGCAUAGGUAGCGUCAAGUUGAAUGGCGAACACCAUAUACUCGAACACGAUGAUCUCAUCAAGAAACUCACAGAGAGCAAGCAACCAAUGGUCAAGGUGAAGUUGGAGGAGAUGCCACCGCUGCUCACAAUUAAAAAGGAGCCAGCGAUCAAGCCGGUGGUUAGCAGUCUUAAAGUGGAAGCCAAAGUGGAGGUAAAAGCGGAGCCGAAAGCCGAGCCCAAAUCGGAGGAGAAGGUAUCGGAGAAGCCCCAGAGCGAGGGCAGUUCAGUUUCCCUGCAGCCCAUUUCGAUUGAGAUACCUGUUCAAGUGGAUGGUGAGACACCGAGGAUAAGAACGCGAGCCAGCAGUCGCCUGGAGAGUCCACUGGAUGCGCCGAAAGCGAGUCCUGAUCCUACAACAGUCACUGGAGCAGCAACCACAACGCCAACAGCAACAAAUACGCCUAGCACCGCCAAGAGCCUAUCCCGCGCCUCUUCUACCGCCAGUCCUCGAGUCGUGACACCCACACCCAAUCACAAUAAUAACAACAAGCGGCGGCGACAGGAGUCCGAGUGCGGCAGCAGUAAUGAUGGCACUGAUUUGGCCGAGAACAGCAUUAAGCGUCCUCGAGUGAGCACCGGUAAUGGAAGUGCAACUAACGCCUCAAGUAACAAUGCAGCAGAAGCUGUUGCUGAUCAUAAUGCUAGUGCAGGAUUGCCGAAGAAGAUUGAAAUUGAAUCCUCUGAUUCGGAUGAGCCCCUGAUCGAGGUAGCUGGGAAAGUGCGAAAUUCUAAGCAGGCACAGGUAGAAGCCGCUGAUGCGGCCGCAUCAGCAGCAGCGGAAAAGCACGUGACACGUCGAAAUGCACAGCAGCUACAACCACCACAGAACAAAGCGACCGGCAAUCAUGCUCAGUCUGCCACUUCUCCACUUGGAACACCUAGGACAGGGAAAGCUCAAGCGCCAAUCGGAAACACGACCACCGCCAGCAGCAAUCACAACAGCGGGGCCACCAACAAUUCCAGCGUUGUGUCGACCUCAAUAACUACCACAACAAUGCCGGGCGGAGCUGUAGUGAACACUACAAGUCAAACCAACAGUAGCACAAGUGUGGUUCAUGCAACGCGAGGAGCAACCGCUGCAGCAGCCAGCACAACCAAUAAUAAUGUCAACUCUGCUAGCUCGCCAACGGACGAAAAAAUUGGCACAAGAAGGAGCGUGCGGGCCAGUGCGGCAGCUAACAAAAUCAUCUACAGUCGCAGCAAUGCAGCUGCAGCAGCCGCUGCCGCGGCAGAGGCAAAGGGGACACCCGGCAAGGCGGCAGCAGCAGUUGGUGGCAACAAUGCCAGCAGUGUUGAGAGUGUCGCUGAAGCCAGACGAAAGACCCGCAGUGCAGUCAUUGGCGAGUCCAUGUUGACCGAGGGACGCCGGAGAAGAACGUCGCGUGACUACAAGUGACCAGAGUUUUGCGCCUUGGCUAAAGGCUUGAACCAUCCGAGCGAUGCGCACGAAGACGAUCUGUUGGAGCUAUUCGAAGACUUUGAGGAGCAACAGCAGCCGCAUCAGCAGCAGCAGCAGCAACAACUGGAUAUCAGUAGCAGCAGCUUUCCUUUAGCCCAGGCGCAGGACGAGGACGGUGAUGAGACGGCCGAUUAUGAGAAUUUGGCGCUAGCAGCCGGCGGGUACAUGGAGGAGGCCGAUCAUUUGCUGUCCUACCACAGCAGCAGCAGUGCCGCAGAUGUGGAGGUGGAUGAGGUGUUAAUGCCUGAGCUGGCAAACGCCACGGCCCUGGACUGUGCCAAUUUUGUCGACUACGAUGAGUUCAACUUAUGUCUGAACAACAUUCUCAGCGAGGAGGACAACAGCGGCAGUGGUGGAAGCGGUGGCAUGACAACCAAACACCAGCAGACAUGGCGCGAUGCCGGCGACGUACUCAACAUCGUCCAGCUUAACAACGAUUUGGGAUUAAGUUUCCAGGAGUUCGCCAGUGAAACGACUACGGCGGAUGAGCAGCGCUCCGCCAGCAGCAGUUCGCCGCAGCUGGCGUAGUGAAGUCGGUUCACGGACGGCUACUUGUAUAUAACACACGCACUGAUACCGAACGCUUUCGUUUGUAGUUCUUAGGCCUAGUUUCCAUUGAGGAUUUUGUAUAGUUAGUGGUAACCACAAGUUGCAAUAAUGUUGCGUCUCAUAGCGAGCAACAUCACACCCAGAUACACUUAGAUACACACCCACACACACACACACCGCAGACGGACAAUUGCAAGCGCCAAUAACCGCCUUUGUUUACACCUUGUUUUCUGUUCCCCAGUCCGAGUUUAUCCGCCGCCAGAUCUUCGAAUCUGGCAUUGCUAUUAAUCCCCAAAUAUCCACCCAUUGGAAAUGAUUUGCUAGUCAAGAGAAACAGGCAAUUUAUUGUAUAGCUCAGAAGAUGAAAUUUGAACAAAUUAGUUGAGUAACACGUAUUUGAGAAGCUCCCAUAAACUCUAACGUAGAAUAGUUGGCUAAAACUGAAGAAACCAUCUCCAAGCAUCCCUCACGCUAACCCCCACUCUCACGCAUGCAUAGUUUAAUUUGAGAAAUUCGUAUUUCCAUGGACCGCUCUGUAAAUAUUUUUGAUUCUUCACGAUGCAACAUAUGAACACAUUUCUAGUUUUAGGUUGUCUUACUUUUACGCGCUGCGCCCAGUCGAAAGUCUAUAAGAAGCCGAUCCGUUGGAUCGAGCAGAUCAGAGCAGACCGCACGUUAUCUUUAGGUUUUACAUAUAUAUAUAUAUUUUUUGUAACCUUUAAACAUAUGAAUACAGUACAUACAGAUUUAGCGUUUUAGUUUCCGUAAGCUUGCGUUGUUUCAAAAAAAUUUGUUUUUUAGUUUUAAAUGCUCUAGCCUAAGGACACUAAUCUUAACGCGAAUUCUUUACCAACAAUAUAUGCACAUGGAAACCUAUGCAAUAAGUUAGUCAAAACUGUAAAAAGGCCAAGCACCACAAAAAAUGAAAACACACAAAAACCUUUAAAAAAAAAAGAAUAAGAAAGAAAUAUACAAAAAUCAGAAGGAAAAAAUAUAAGGAGAAAGGUAGUGAAGAAGAAUAUUGAAAAUCAGUCGCCUAGUAUAUGUCGUUUUGCAAAGUGAAAAAGAACUAUAUAAUGUUAUAUAUUUUGCAUAUGUAAAACACAGAAACAAAAAAGGGAUAUCGUGAAAAACAAACCACACAAACAAACAAACAAAAAUAAAAGUUGUAUUGUAUAUAAGGCAGGCUCUAUUUUUGCUAAAUGUUAUUUGAACAAAUAGGGAAAAACAAAAAAGAGUAAAGUAAUUGAAAAGCAAAGCAAAGGCAAAGCGCUAGACAAAACCAGAAAAGAAAAAACACAAAACAACAUUAUAAAUUGUUCAAUAUUAUUAUUACCUUAUAUAUAUAUUGUAUGAUUGCUACAUAAACAUAAUUCUUUUGAUA